AUGCUCACUUUGUUCCGAUUCGUCGGAAUUGACAAUCUCUUUUGGUUGCCUCUCCGUGGUAAGCUUCCCUAUACGCAUCGUCUUCGCCUCGUAAUGCCCCUCGUUCACUUCCUCGAGCGAUGUAAUAUUCCCACCGACGGCCUCCUAUUCGACGUGUCGAAAUUGGCCAAGGGGCCCAGACUGGUCGGUGCAUGA